GCGCGAGUGGUAACUCGAACUGGCAAGAUGGCGGCGAGCGACGGCCAACAAGAAUGGGUCGAGUAUUUCAAGCGCAAAUGCGAGGAAGACCCGGCCAUGUCCAGUGCCGUGGCAGCCAUGCAUACCCUCCUCGCCUACCUUCAGCAAUCCAAAGCCGAGACGCUGGCCGAGCUGCGCGAUUCAGUCAACUCUGUUGUCGCGGCGCUGAUUGAUAAUACUGAAGCUACCAUCACCUCCGUUUCUUCAGGCUGCGAACUCUUUAUUCGCUUUAUUACAUUGAAUGCCGACGCUGCCUCGGACUUUGCCACUUGCCUCAAGCUGAUCGUCGAGAAUGGUCGCGCCUUUCUGGAGAAGGCACAACACAGCCGCAUGCGCAUCGCACCAAAGGGUGUUCCUUUCAUCCGAGAUGGCACGACUGUCUUGACACUGGCGCGAUCUCGUGUGGUCCAAGAGGUUUUGCUUGAGGCCACCAAGCGCAACAAGCGCUUCUCUGUCCUCGUAACCGAGUCGCGGCCCUCGGGCAGCGGUCUCAAGAUGGCCGAGUGGCUGCAACAGCACAACAUUCCCGCCACCGUCAUUGCAGACUCGGCGGUGGGCUACAUCAUUGAUCAGGUGGACUUUGUGAUUUGUGGUGCCGAGGCGGUCGUUGAAUCUGGAGGCAUCAUCAAUUCGAUUGGCACUUACCAAGCAGCGAUGGCUGCCAAAUGCGCCAACAAGCCGUUUUACGCAGUGGCUGAGUCGUUCAAAUUUGUGCGCCUCUUUCCCUUGUCACAGAAAGAUCUUCCCGCCAACCGGGAUCGCGCUCUGCCAAACGUCCCCCCAGGCGUGGAAAGCCUAAACCCACUCUUUGACUACACGCCCCCAGCCUAUGUAACCCUACUGUUUAGCGAUCUUGGCGUCUUGACACCCUCAGCUGUUAGUGAUGAACUGAUCAAACUCUACUACUGAGCCUUGGCGCCCUGCUCGCCAAGCAUGCUCCUGCCAACAUGCUUGCCAGAACACCUCGACUUGGCGUCUGAGGCGCCGUCGCUCCCUGUAUCUCCCUCAAGCUUUCGGAUCUUCGCUUGCCCUGCCCAAGGUCUUGCCUUCUCUUUGCUUGAUCGUGGUCUCUUCUUGAUGGGGUAUCCUGCUUUGAAAUUUGUUUUCAUUUCUGCAUUAUGCCGUUGGAACUGAAAGAAAUCGACGGUGAACGGGUCGGUUUAAAUCUAGCCAAUCGACUGGAUAUGUU